AGGGAGGCGGCUGUUCCAAAUCUAGGCGUCACGUUAGAAAUAUGGUGUUAGACUAUGAUUCAGAUGUAUCUGACGGCAGUGCUCCAAUUGGAGAAGAAAGGGACGAAUCUUCUGAUCUCAACUCGUCCAGUGAUGGUGAGGAACGAAAUCGUGUAACACAGAGGAAUAUUUUUGGAGAUGAUACUGAUAGUGAUAACGAAACACAACCAAAGCAUAAACAAUCACGGUUUAAACAAGAUAGUUUCGAAGAAUCAGACCACGAAAAUCAGCUUGAUGACAACGCUUCGGAACAGCAGGAAACAGAAAACGAAUCAGAUAACUCACCUAGCCAAAAUUCUUUGAAAAGAAGACUUCAAGAUAUCCGAUCGUCUUCUAGUAGUCCCAAUGAUAAUGGAUCUCGGCAAGAUGAUGGUAGUGAAACGGGUGAUAAUGGGUCACAAUUAGAUGAUAUGGCCAAUUCUAAUGAUAAUGAAGGUCAUAGAAGUAAUGCUGACGAUCUAGAGGGUGAUUUGGCUCAUGAACCGGACGAAACAAGAAUAUCUGUUGAUUUUCCACUGAUUCGUGCAGAUUUAGGCAGGGAGGUACAUUUGGUAAAAAUGCCUAAUUUUUUGUCAGUUGAAACUCGUCCGUUCGACCCCAACUUUUACGAAGAUGAACUGGAUGAAGAUGAAAUUUUAGAUGAAGAAGGACGGACACGUUUGAAACUAAAAGUCGAAAAUACUAUACGUUGGAGGAUCGGUAAAACACCUGAUGGUGAAAUGAUUCACGAAUCAAAUGCUCGUAUUGUUCGUUGGUCGGAUGGUUCUCUGUCACUACAUCUUGGAGACGAAAUUUUCGACAUACACAAAGUAGAUAUUCAGUCAGACUAUAAUUAUCUGUUCAUACGAGAAGGUAGUGGUUUACAAGGACAGUCAAGUCUAAAAACCAAAUUAACAUUCAGGCCACAUUCAACCGAUUCAUUUACACAUCGUAAAAUCACAUUAUCAUUAGCAGAUAAGACAAAUAAACUACAAAAGGUCAAAAUUCUUCCUGUUACGGGUGCUGAUCCAGAAUCAAAUCGUAAUGUGCUUGUGAGGAAAGAGGAAGAGAAAUUGCGUGCCACACUAAGGCGCGAAAGUCAGUUACGGCGUAUGCGUGAAAAGCAGGCCAUGUCAAGAAGUAGUUUUGGUAGUGAACGUAGGCGAAGUUACGGAGAGGAUGAUGAUGAGGAUGAUGGUAAUACAACAUCUUUAAAUGCAUUAAAAAGAAAUGCGAAAAACUCAUUGUUGGCUGCACGCAAAGGUAAAUUGAAUUUUAGGAUUACUUUGUUGGUAUUCUUUAUAAAAAAUAUGUCAACCCAUCUAUUCGGAGAUUUACUUUACUCAGAACACAGGUAAAAAUUUCAGAGUGCCUAUAAAAUGGUGAGUAAUCUAUAUAUAUAUAUAUAUAUACGAUAGUGUUUAUUAAUGAUCGAUUACAAGACUAGGAUCACGUUAGGUAAACACGCGUCACUAUUGUUCCUGUGAUCUCAUUCUAUUAAAUAUUCCAUUCGCUUAAUCUGCAUCCUCAUUCUCAUCACAACAAACAGGCUAUAUUUUUCAUAAUGACUGUUUAAUAUUCCAUGCUCUCAAUUUUCGGAAGUUUUUCUACUUUUUCUGUCGUAGUGAUAGUUUUUAUAUUCUUUUUCAAUAAUUUCAGAUGUUGCUGCAAUUUAUUCAUCUGAUGAGGAAUCUCUAAGUGAUAUAUCAGAACCUCGAUCACGUAAGAAAGUAAGAGCGAAAAUAAGUGAUGAAGAGGAAAGCGACUAAAAUAACAUACUUUUCCACUGUUUUCAUACGAUAAAUUGUACAUAAUCUAUUUAUUAAAAAAAUAAACAAUUUUCCUUUAUCAUAAAUUUUCUUUAGAUUCUAAGUGGAAUACGAUGUAUCAACAUGACUUAGCCUUGUGCAAUAUAUUUGAAAACGUCAAUGUUACAUACAAUAGUUAAGGUUUAGAAUAACUUUCACCAGCAUUAUAGAAAAAAAUAAUUUCAUAAAGUUAUAAAAUAAGUAAUACAUAAAGGUGGUUAGAAUUUUUUUUAAUGAGCCUUCUUUUUGACUACUUCCAACUAAAUGACGGAAGCAAAUUAUUCGAUAAAGUUGAAAUACAGCCUAUCUCGCUGUUGUUUGUCGAGUGAUGGGUGUAGUUAUUUUAGACAAUGCUCAUCGUAACUUCAACUUUCACAGCUGUUUUUACUUCCCAUUUCAUAAAGCGGAAUUCCUCCUUUCAUCAUUUUAUUAUCCACUCAUAUUUCCUAACUUUCUUCCGUUUUUAUCAAUAUGUUUAAAAUCACUCAGAUCCCAGAUAAUACAUCUUAAGCGUCCCCCCCCAUUAUUUUCAUUCUAGUCUUCGUUUUGAUGUCAGAUAAGCUUAAUAACUAAGACGAACAGAUACUACGAUGACUUUGUA